AUUUGCUCUGUAUGCCCUCUCUCACUGUCGAUACUGCUUGGGACUUUGAUGUCGGCGUUGGCCAUGAACAGUAGUGGCACCGAAGAAAACCAACCAAGGUGCCGUUUCAGUACUUAAUCGAAGAAAGGCGAAAAUGCAAAAGACGAUGAAACCAUCUCCGGUCCCGUUAGUGGGGAAAAGCACGGCUGCCAAAGGUCCAGGUCCGCUACCAAGUCGCAAGCGAAACCGUAGCAACCGGCAGCCGAUAAGAGCAGCACUUCCUCAUACAAAGACCGUAGAACAGCCGAACAAGAAUUUUCGUCCAUCUCAACGUGCUCAAUCACAAAAGGGAACCUCCGGAAAACGGGCUCAUGGUCCCAAGAUCUUGGUACCCGAUGACAGUCCGAUAGUGGACGCACCCGCUCUCCCCGUCAAAGACGAUCCGUGUCACCAUUCCCAAUCAGACCGGAAGCGGUAUCAGAAACUCGCACGGCGCGUACCACGUGAUGCAGCCGUGCAAGACAAAGCCGUUCGAAAAGCGGCGCGAAAACCUCUUUACAAGGCGGGGUUAGCCAAAGCUCGAUCGAACGCAAACGAACGUCGGGCACGAAGUGCGCGAGCGCCACAACCGGAGCAGUGGAUCCCAAACUCGGUGACUCUACUACAGGCGGAACCAGUGUCGUCCAAACGGGUCUUGCAGUGGCCCUGUCUUCCGCCCGUUCCGCUUUCGGUGGAACAAGAUGCUCUGACCGUGUUGAUGCAACGGGGUCGUCGUGAACGAGGCAUGGCCAAAGAUCUUCCCGCUCUUCGUCUAGAAAAUAUUCAACGCUGCUGUCACCAUUCGGGACAUCUCCAACUUCCCCAAGCCUUGUCGUUGCGCCGGCAUCACAUUCAAAAACUGAAUCGCGUCAACAUCAAAGAGGUGGGACUGGGUACGGAAGGUCAAGUCCGCGAUGCGGCCGAAUGUUUCGAACAGGCUGUGGAAGAUUGCUUGCGCAAACUAAAUGUUCCCGUGUGGACCGAAGCUCAGCAAAAGGCACACUUUAUUCAACAACCAGAUCUGACCAGGCAGCCACCAACACCCGACUUUAUCCUACGCGAGCAAAUGCUGUUGAAGAAAACUUCUGGCCACCCCACUGACGGACGCAUCGUCGAAGAACGGGUGAUACAUUGGAUUGAAGUCAAAAUGUUUUACGGAGCGUCAACAAUACCCAACGACGACAAUCGGAGUGCCGUGGGUAACCUCCGCCGGACAGCCCGCAAGUAUUACAAAACAUAUGGCCCUGGUGUCAUUGUCUUUAUGUACGGUUGCGGGGAGAAGCUGGCAUCAAUGCUGGCAGGGGAAGGGGUUGGUGUGGUGGAUUGUUGCGGGGACAUGGUGGAUUUGGAACGCGUCUACACACAACAACGGACCUGGUGUGCCAAUCGAAACGGCACCAUUUUACCGUAAUCCUCGAAAAUAGUUAGACUGAUAUUGUGUUUGG